AUGUUGCCUAGCAACUCGCUUUACAAUUGACAAAUUUUAGGUUUCCGAGAUCAUUGCUAGGCAACCAGAAUAAAAACGUUCCGAUGUCGGAAAAAUGAACAGACGUGAUUCAUCCACCCAAAGCAAUCGUCCAUCGCUAUCUCCGCUAUCUCAUCUGAUCCCCAAGAAGUAGGCAUUCACAGCCAAAAAGCGCUGUUGUGAGAACGUAUUUAUCGUCAGCUCAUGAGCUCAGUUCAGCAACCUUUUUGACAAUAAACAGGCUUCAUGGAGCGCCCAGCGGGUGUGGUCGGAGUUAAUGGCUCCGCCGAAAACUUCCGGCCGGCCUGUAAGAAGUGUGGCUACCCGGGCCACCUGACCUUUCAGUGCCGAAACUUCAUCCAGGUCACCACAGCCAAGGACAGCGUCUUGGACGUCAGUUCAACAAGCUCGGACGAUACGGAUGACGAGACGCCGCUCAAAUCACUCAACGCCGAGGAGCUGAAGAAGCUCAAACACGCCAAGAAGAAGAAAAAGAAGGAGAAGAAGAAAAAGAAAAAGAAGAAGAAAGAUAAGAGGAAGGACUCUGACCGUUCCGAUUCCGAGUCGGAAAGUGAUGAAAAGAAGCGACGAAAGAAGAAACAUAAGCGAGAUCGGUCUGAGUCGGACGACGAACCUCGCAGACGUGACGCCGGCCACUCUGAGCGACCCAAACCUGAACCGACACCAUCACAUCGCGACCACAGAGGCGGGCACGAUCGCCGCCGCGACUCGCCGACAGGUGGCAGCACUAGCAGGCGGGCCGACAGAGGGAGGGAGGUCGACGACAGGUCCCGGAGACGGUCUCCUGAGCGUCGCCGAAGAUCCGGAUCCGGCGAUCGCGACAGAGGAUCGGGGAGGAGACGCUCCAGAUCACCAGAUGUAGCCAAAGAUUCCAGGCGGAGGUCGAGAUCCGGGGACCGACGAGGGGAUUCUAGAAGGAAGCGGUCUAGAUCAGCUGAUCGAGGGGAAUCGAAGAGACGACGAUCUCGGUCCGACGAGAGAGAAUCGAGGAGAAGACGAUCCGGAUCCAGAAGUCGGCCCAAAGAUUCCAGACGUCGUUCCGUCUCAAGUGACCGAGGUAAAGAUAAAAGAAGACGUUCAAGUUCGAAUGACCGUGGAAAAGACCCGAUUAGAAGGCGCUCUAGGUCAGGUAACCGAGGGAGGGACACUGGUAGAAGGCGUUCUAGGUCACGUGACCGAGGAAAGGAUCCCAAAAGAGGGUCCUCCAAGUCAGGUGAUCGAGAGAACAAGAGAAGACGUUCCAGGUCAGAUGACCGAGAGACAUCUAGAAACAGGCGCUCUCGAUCCACCGACCGGAGUAAGGCCUCUAGAAGAAAUCGGUCAGUUUCCAGUGACCGAGAAGAGAAGCCCAAAAAGCGACGUUCCAGAUCAGCUGAUCGAGAAUAUAGAGACUCUAGGAGGGAUCGUUCUAGGUCCCGUGAUAGACAUGCGAGUGCUAAGGUGCCUGCUAGAUCCGGGGACCGUCGCGGGGACUCGAGAAGCCGCCGGUCUAGAUCGGGAAGUCGGCAGGGUGGAAGGGACGCCGUACGCAGGUCGGGUGCAUCUCAAAGCGAUGCCAGAGACAGUCGUGAUGUGAUGCGUGGUGGAGCUAGUAAAAAUAGGAGCUCUAGCUCCUCGGGCAGUGACAGUGAUACGGAAAAGAGGAGGGUGAAGCAGAGGCGCAGCUCACCCUCCAGCUCGGAGAGCAGCGACAGUGAGGCGGAAGCCACGUCUCGUGCCGCGAAACGCGCAGGUUCGGACUCUGAAACGAGUUCCAGCUCGUAAUAACAGUGUUUGUCUUUGCGUGUAAGCUCUGUGAGCAUGUGGUGCAUCGUUAAAUGUCAUUGGCAGAACGUCACGGUUUUAUACGCUGCUCGUUUUUGCACGGUAUUAUGAUGUCGGAAGCAAAACGUUGUUGAAAAUAUAUAGGAAAACCUUG